GGCUCGGACCCUGGCGGGGCGGGCUGUGGGCCGAGCGGAGCCCAGGCGCCAGCCCGUGGCUGAGGAGAAAGGUGGCGGUGGCGGUGGCGCGGACGGGACGGGGCGGCGGCUUCUCGCCCUGACCCUCUGCUCCCCUGCCCAGGCCCGGGCGCGAAUCGGAGGCGGCGGCGAAGGAAGGAGUGAGCAUGGCUGAGACCCCGCCGCCGCCCACCGCAGGUGCCGAAAGUUGCAGCGAGGAGCCGGCGAGGGGCGGGGAGUGGCGGCCCGAGGAGCUGCGCCGCGCUCCCGCCGGGGGCACGGACCGAGAGGGCGAGGUGGGGCCGCCGCCGGCCUCCCCCGCCGGGCAGUCGGAGCCCGACUCGCCGGUGGCCGCCCCCUUCUUCCUGCUCUACCCCGGCGAUGGAGGCGCCGGCUUCGGAGUGCGCCCGCCGCCGCAGCAGCAGCGCUCCUGGAGGACCCCGCCGUCCCCCGGCUCCCCGCUGCCCUUCCUGCUGCUGAGCUACCCGAGCGGCGGCGGCGGCGGCGGCGGCAGCGGCAAGCACCAUCCUAAUUAUCUCAUGGCUAACGAACGCAUGAACCUCAUGAACAUGGCCAAGCUGAGUAUCAAGGGCUUGAUUGAAUCAGCUCUGAACCUGGGGAGGACUCUUGACUCUGACUAUGCACCUCUCCAGCAAUUCUUUGUGGUGAUGGAACACUGUCUGAAACAUGGCUUGAAAGCUAAAAAAACUUUUCUUGGACAAAAUAAGUCUUUCUGGGGACCUCUAGAACUGGUAGAAAAGCUUGUUCCAGAAGCCGCAGAGAUAACAGCAAGUGUUAAAGAUCUUCCAGGACUUAAGACACCAGUAGGUAGAGGAAGAGCCUGGCUUCGUUUGGCAUUAAUGCAAAAGAAACUUUCAGAAUAUAUGAAAGCUUUGAUCAAUAAGAAAGAACUUCUCAGUGAAUUCUAUGAACCCAAUGCCCUCAUGAUGGAAGAAGAAGGAGCCAUAAUUGCUGGUCUGUUGGUGGGUCUGAAUGUCAUUGAUGCCAAUUUCUGUAUGAAAGGAGAAGACUUGGACUCUCAGGUUGGAGUUAUAGAUUUUUCAAUGUAUCUCAAGGACGGGAACAGCAGUAAAGGUACUGAAGGAGACGGUCAGAUUACUGCAAUUCUGGACCAGAAGAACUAUGUAGAAGAACUGAACAGACAUUUAAAUGCUACUGUAAACAACCUUCAGGCAAAAGUAGAUGCAUUAGAAAAAUCCAACACUAAACUGACAGAGGAGCUUGCAGUUGCAAACAACAGGAUCAUUACCUUACAAGAAGAAAUGGAACGAGUUAAAGAGGAAAGUUCCUACAUACUGGAAUCCAAUCGGAAGGGUCCCAAGCAAGACAGAACUGCAGAAGGGCAAGCACUAAGUGAAGCAAGAAAGCAUUUAAAAGAAGAGACACAAUUACGAUUGGAUGUUGAAAAAGAGCUGGAGAUGCAGAUCAGCAUGAGGCAGGAGAUGGAAUUGGCUAUGAAGAUGCUGGAGAAGGAUGUCUGUGAGAAGCAGGAUGCCCUGGUAUCUCUUCGGCAGCAGCUGGAUGACCUCAGAGCUCUCAAGCACGAACUUGCCUUUAAGUUGCAGAGUUCAGACUUAGGAGUAAAACAGAAAAGUGAACUAAACAGUCGCUUGGAAGAGAAGACUAAUCAGAUGGCUGCUACCAUUAAACAACUUGAACAAAGUGAAAAGGAUUUGGUGAAACAGGCAAAGACCUUAAAUAGUGCAGCAAAUAAACUGAUCCCAAAACAUCAUUAGGCAUUUUUCAGUUGGCACGUUGCAAGUCUGAUAUCACAACUUCAUUGUAAAAGGAAGAAAUCUGAAAGCUAUUACAUUUAAGCUCUGAUUCUCUCUAAAAUGUCACCAAAAAGUUGACUUUGAAUUUGUUGGACUUUUAAAAAACCAUUUGGAGAUGUAGGUUGGGUGUUUUUCAUAUUGUUUUCUCCCCAGGGUUAGAAAAAUUGGUAUAAGUUCCUAACUAAAAGCUGAGUAAACUUUGAGAAAUUAUUUCUGAGUUGACCAAUAAAUAAAAAUACCACUUUUUUGAAAAAGCCUAGGGAAUUGAAGCUCUGUACAUAUAUUAAUGAUGCCUUUACAACCCAAUCGUUGAUAAUAUCAGAUUCUCGGUGCAUUGUUCAUGUCUGUAUCUGCAAGCCUGUUCUGCCAUUGCAGUGUAAUGAACUAGAGGUAACUACCACAUGAACUCAGACUCUUCUAAAAUAGUUCUGUGUCUCUUAGACCAUGACCCCUUUUCACUUUUGUUAUGUAGGUUUAAUCCCCAAGACAAGGAUAGUACUUAGUAUUUCACUUUCACUACACUUCUAUUCUCAGUAACCAAGAUUGCUUGCAACUUUUUUUGCCUUAGUGACUUUUGAAAAAGAAAAAAAAGAAAAAACAGCAUCCUUAUAUUUCUUUAAAAUAUAUAGAGAUGAAGUUAGUAAUUAGGUAACUUAUGAUAACAUAAUAAUGUGGACACUUGGGGAAACCCUCCUUAUGUUUGUCAUCUUCUACCUCUGCCAUUUUCCUGCAGUUCUGCUUCCUACUUAGGCAGUUCAGAGAGAAUGAUUCUAAUAGAAACACUCCUCUCGUAUUAAAAAAAUGAUGCAGUACCCAUUUUUCAUAUCCUGCUUUUCUUAUUGGAAUAAAAAGGACAGGGUAUAGACAUGAAUGUUGAUAUUCUGCCUGGCCUGUCAUUUCUUACCUGGAAACAUUUACUUAAAAGUUUCUGUUACUUUUUGUUCAGAUGGAGGUUUGCUAAAGGUUCUGGGAAGCUAAUAAUUGAAUUAUUAAAAAAACAUUUCAGAAUAGGAAAUAAAUGAUAAACUUACAUUCUUUAUUAUUAUUUAGUACAAAAAUACAGAUUCCCAGUAGAUAUCCACAAGCAAUAUUAGCAGGGCUUCUAUUUAUAAGUGACCACAGACUAACCCUCUCUAGGCUUUAACAUUGUAAAUAAUCCUAUAAAUACUUUAAUUUUUAAGAUGAUUUUUGAUUUGAAGAGAUGGGCUUUACAUAAGCCUUCAUUCCUUCAAAAGGUCCUGACAAAAUAUUUGGGUUUUUUUCUCUCUUUUUUUUUUCCUUCUGGUAUGCUUUGCAGCAUUUCAGCUGCUUAGGUGGGGACACAGAUAACCCCUUCGCUUCCAGCUCUUAAAAUUCUUUAUCUUUUUCUUGGCAAAACCAGAAUUAAGAGUGUACGAUGGAUUCCAUGUGUGCUUAUAUAGGUCCCUGCACAGAUUGGACUUGAACCAAAAUCAAGUCAAAGAACAUAUGUUUAAACCAACUUCAUGGAAGUGGAAGAUCCUGUGCUCUUGAACUUAUUUUAAUUCUUAUAAUUUGCACCUAUAUAAACAAAGCUCCUACUACAUUCUUCUCUUCAUCAUCCUUUUGUGGUGAUGGGUUGCCUUUUCUAUGAGCAUUUGGAAGGAGUGAUCAAAUACCAAAAUUAAACUUUCUAAAACCUACACAUAGCAUGCUUCUAAAUUCUAUUAUAUAAAGCCCCAAGUGUUUUACCUUCUAAAACAUGCUUCUGUAUAGGUGCAAAGUUAUAAGAUAUUUAGAAGAAAACAUCCAUCAGAAUCUUCUAGAGAAUAUGGUCAGAGUCUUAAACAGGCCCAGUGCUGAGUUCUUUGUCCACUUAGUCACACAUCUUUUGUGGGAAUGGGAAAGGAAGGAGACAGCCAAAUUCUGACAAAGGCUUUUCCUUAUGGAAUAACCCAAAGCCUGGGUGAGGGUUGAUAUAUAAUGUCCCAUGAUUUAAUAUAUGUGGUUUGGGGGAAAGGACAAGAAAAAACUAUAAUUCCACAUAUAAGAAGGUAGUUGCCCGUUUACAAGUUCCAGUUAUGUGUGUAAAACAGAAAAAUUAAGUACCAAACCUAUUAGGAAAUUUUUUUAAAAAGUGGAUUUAACUUAAAUUACUGUGUACUUGAGGUUGGCUUUGGAUAUGGAUUUUCUAAAAAGUGAUGUUUUAUUGUUUAUCAUCUAAUGGCUGUAAACUGUAGUACUAGAAUAAAAAAAAAAUGGAAAAUCA